AAUUAGUUGGAUAAAAAAAAGUGCGGGAUAUUUUUGUUUGCAGCAGUUGGUAGCACUGACUAUUUGAAUUUUACGCGCCAUUUUUGGGUAAAAUUAGGAUAUUUUGAAUAAUUCUCACAAUUUAGGGCAAGAAAUAGGAAAGAAAUUUACCAUGUCUGAUCAGCAAUUGGUCACAGAGAUUCCCAGUAGCCUUAAACAACUUGCCCGGCUAGUUGUUCGUGGUUUCUACACGAUAGAAGAUUCCCUUUUAGUGGACAUGCUUGUCCGGAAUCCAUGCAUGAAGGAGGAUGAUUUGUGUGAACUGCUGAAAUUUGAAAGGAAACAACUGAGAGCUCGAAUAGCCAUCCUCAAGAAUGACAAAUUCCUCCAGGUGCGCCUGAAAAUGGAAACUGGUCCAGAUGGCAAGGCUCAGAAGGUCAAUUAUUACUUCAUCAACUACAAGACUUUUGUGAAUGUGGUAAAAUACAAGUUGGACCUAAUGCGAAAACGAAUGGAGACUGAGGAACGUGAUGCCACGAGCCGAGCGAGCUUCCGAUGCCCUAAUUGCAACAAAACUUUCACAGAUCUGGAGGCAGAUCAGCUUUUUGACUUCCACACAGGUGAGUUUAGGUGUACCUUCUGCGGAAGUGCCGUGGAGGAGGAUAUGUCAGCGUUGCCAAAGAAAGAUUCCCGCCUCCUUCUGGCCAAGUUCAACGAACAACUUCAGCCACUUUACGAUCUCCUGCGCGAUGUGGAGAAUAUCAAAUUGGCACCGGAAUGCUUGGAGCCGGAACCCGUGGAUAUUGACACGAUACGAGGCAUCAUCAAGCCUGUCCGUCCAGUAUCGCAGGAAGCAUGGUCAGGAGAGGCUACCCGCUCCCAGGGCUUCGCCGUGGAGGAAACACGCGUAAAUGUGACAAUUGGAGCGGAUGUGGCAGACUCAGAGAACAAACGCAAGGACAGACCGGUCUGGAUGACGGAGAGUACGGUGCUCAAUGACUUUGACAACCAGAACUCGUCGGAUUCUCUCCUCGAACGACCCAGUCUUGGAGUUGCUGCGGGAGGAGGGACAGCAGGAGCAUCUGGACGUGCCAGGAAGGAGGGAGAAGAUAUCAUGUCGGUGCUGCUGGCGCAUGAAAAGCAGCAUGGGCAGAACAGUGCUGCAAGUGCAGUAAGGGGCCUCGGUGUUGGCGGCAGUUCCAGUGGCGGCGACUCCAGCGACGAGGAUAAGGGCAUCGACAACACGGAAAUCCCGGACAUCCCGAUGAUGGAGUCAGAGUCGGAGGACGAGAGUCCGACAGUGAGCGUGGGCGGAAAGCAGUAUCCAAUUGACGAGAUCACUGACAGUUUAAUAGCCCAGAUGACGCCUCAGGAGAAGGACACUUACAUCCAGGUUUACCAGGAAACCUUUAGCCAUAUGUACGAGUGAAAAGGCGUUCGCUCAUUGUAUUCAUAAUGUAUAAUGUAUUAUAAAUUAAAUACACUUUUAAACAAUGUUAA